AGAAGAAGAGGACAACUUUAAAAGCCGAGAAAACAGUUUAAAAAAUGGCGCCCACAAAGAGUACCCGUGCAGUUUCCAAGCAAUCUGUGGCCACCACCACUCUAACAAACCUCAUGCCUCUGGCUCGCAAAGGCCUAACCCGACGCAAUGCCACCAAUGUUCAGGAUCAGAAUUCCGAUAUUAUGCAAACACGCGGCAAACGCAAGGCAGAGCACAGCCCCCAAAAGAAUGAAAAGAUAAAAAGGUCCGCUUUGGGAAACCUCACGAACAAUGUGAAUAACAACAACCAAUUGACGAAUAUACAUCAAGAUGAUGAUGCCAAACACAAUAUUGUCAAGAAGAAGGAUUUGGUACAAAAUCUGUUAGCGGCUGGAGGACAACAAGAGAACACUUUGCAAAUUCUUAAGGAAACACAGAAUCUAUUGCUGCAACAGGCUCAGGGAGCUCUGCAGAAACAACAGCAACCGGUUAAAAUAUUAACAAGGGCCUCCAGCCGGAAUGCUACUAAAGAUGCACAAAAAGAAAAUUUGCAACAGCAACAAUCGAACAUAACCUCAAAAAUAUUCGAGGACGAAGAGAAGAAACUAUUAACGUCUGUGAAAACCAAGCUAAAGAAUGAUGUGCCAGCAGCACCAGUGGCCUCAUUGCAGCCACACCAGGUUCAAAAGACCGCCAACAAGCCAGUUCGGCGCAUUUCCAAUGAAUUUAAUAAGACUGAAGAAUCACUGUAUAUGUCUGCCUUGGAGGACAUUUCCGUUUCGGAUUCUAUGCGUUUAUCGGGUAACUUCGAAGCUGCCAAACGUCGUUCAAUUCUGUUGCAACAGCAACAACAAGAACAAAAUAAGACUGAAUCAAUAACAGUGGCCAAAGAAACAUCUGUUCACCAAGUCCCCGAGGGGGUGGAAGACUUCGAUAAACUAAACUGGAACGAUCCCUUCCAGGUCUCCCACUAUGCCAUGGACAUUUUCAAUUAUCUCAAAGAACGCGAAGCUCAAUUCCCCGUUGACGAUUACAUGGAGCGACAAAUACAUUUGUCCAAGUGGAUGCGUUCGUUGUUGGUCGAUUGGAUGGUUGAGGUACAGGAAACCUUUGAACUCAAUCACGAAACCCUCUACUUGGCCGUGAAAAUUGUUGAUCAAUUUUUGUGCAGAGAAGUGAUAAACAAGGAUAAGCUACAGCUGUUGGGUGCUGCUGCACUAUUCAUUGCUUGCAAAUUCGACGAACGUACACCACCAUUGAUCGAAGACUUUUUGUAUAUCUGUGAUGGUGCGUACAAACACGACGAACUGAUACAAAUGGAAAUGGCCACCCUUAAAGUGAUACAAUUCGAUUUGGGCAUUCCAUUGUCAUAUCGUUUUCUGCGUCGUUAUGCCCGUUGUGCCAAAGUACCAAUGCCCACCUUGACAUUGGCCCGUUAUAUUCUUGAGUUGUCGCUAAUGGAUUACGAUUGUAUAACAUUUAGUGAUUCGAAAAUGGCAUGUGCCGCCCUCUUUAUGGCUUUACGUCUGCAUGGUGAUGCCCAGCCAUGGACAUCGACAUUGAUCUAUUAUACCGGUUAUAAAUUGGCCGAUUUUGCUGACAUUGUGCCGAUCUUAAAUGCUGGACUGCAUCGCAAGCCGAAGGGCACCAUUAAAACUAUACGUAGUAAAUAUUCGCAUAAGAUAUUCCACGAAGUAGCUAAAGUUGCACUGAUGACCACAGAGAAAUUGUUUGAAAAUCAAUUAGAUUUUAACUUUAAUUUAAUGUCAAGCCAAAUAACAGCAAAUGAACAGCAGCAGCAAACGCAAAAAAGUACAAAAACAAAAUCACAGCAAGGUAGUGGUGGCAGUGGCGGCGUGGUGGCCACCAAUGUUAUGGCUGCUCCCACAGUUGAUAUUUUAACCGAUACCGUUGGUGGCUUAACUGGUGGUCUACUUGGAACAUUGGAUGCCCUCUUGGGUGGAGGAUCUCGCCGACAGCCUGAACAGCAUAUACACAUUUAUGUGGAUCAACAGCAGCAACAACAGCCAUAUGGUAUGACAACAUAUUACCUACAUCCUGGUCAGCAAACAGUGGUUGGGCCACAAGUACCAUCAUCUUUGGCACCACUGCCGAAAUUUAUACCCACCACGGCACCUGUGCAUACCUAUAAUAUUCCGCCACAACGUUUAAAACCUUUACCACCCAAUGUUGUACAACAUAAAGCGGAAUAUGGACCCAUAUAUGACAACAUUACCAUAAAUGAAGUCAAACGCUUUACCAAACCUGACUUGGAUGACAAAGAUAAAAGAAUCAAUUCCGAUGCUGUCCUUCUGACCUUCAGUGGGGAUAAACUGCCUUCACACAACGGAUUCUUCAGUGUAAAAAAUGCUGGAAGUUUGGACACUCAACCAGAGUUUGCAGCCGCUCCCGACAAGUUUGCCCGCGCUGUGGCUCGGCUCAUGAGGUGUGAACUGCGUACAAUGCUUAGGAAUAAAGCCAAAAAAGAAGCUGAGGAAAAAACGCCAAAGAUCAUACACAGUUACAAUAAUUUAAUCAACAAGCCUCCUCUGCGGGAUCUUUUUAAUUUAUCACAAGAAGACUUCCCGGAAAUCAACGCAAAGAGGCCAAAAUUAAGACCAAAAUCUAAAAUCAACAUAAAAAGGAAGAAAAAUCCUGUUUCCGACUCAUUUACUGAAAAUAUUGAUGAGAAUUCUCAUCAAGAAAACAUUCAACAAACCCCUUCCAGCGCUGAAGUUUUGUCAGCAGCCAUUGAUUUAACUGAAGCCGUUACAAAUUUCGACAUUCAAUCACCCAAUGCUUUGGAUACUCCGUCCAUGGAUCUCAGUCCAAAAUCUUUGAUCAAUUCCAAAAGCAUUGAAACCAACCAAAAUAACUCUCAACCAGAAUAUGCUGAAAGCAAAAAUGACACUACAAAACUCAAUCAACCUAUAACUAACACAUUGAAAAAUAUCAUCCGAACAUCCACAAUAUCCGAUAACGUGAUCCGCACACCCUUAUAUCUUUUUGAAUCAUUUCAAAAAGAAAAAAUGAAUGUUCUUGAUCAUGAUGAAGGUCCUACAGAUUAA